CUCUCCGGCUGCUGCUCUGAUUGGCCGCUGUACGCAGCGCUUCAGCCUCCUUGAAUGAGAAACAGGGGUAACCAGGCAACUUCAGCGCUGGAGAGAAAUCAAAAACGAAGACAGAGUUUUUCGGGAUCUUAGAUUUAUAGGAAAAAUUUUAACAUGUUAAAAGUAAAGACAAUGAUUUCACCGUGUCUGUCCGGCACAUGGAAUUAACAAAUGGAUUUUCUUAAACACGCUCUGUCUCCCCCUCUCUCUCCCUCUCUCUCUCUCUUACUGAGGGAAAAACAGAACGCUCAAAUGAAGGCAACACAGAUGUGGAUUAAACGCAUAAAUGGGACACUCCAGAAAGGCAUUCGCUGAGAAAAGUGCUCGAAGCAAGUGACUGUGAUGAGCUGUCGGACUGCAUCUGAAGAACUCUACCAAAGAAUAAUAUCCAUUUCUGACCUACUGUGAAGAACAAUACCUGAUUCAAUCAAUCUUGCAGCACCAAGGGGAGUUACUCCUAAGCCAGAGGUGGACCUUCUGAAAAAAGCAAAAGCGGACCAUGUCAUACAUGACCUUCAGUGAGAGAACUCAGGGACGCUGCAGAAGAGGUCAUAUCUGAUCUGAAGCUGCUCUCAAGAGGAUCACCCAGCUCAUAAUUCAAUAAUUUCUUUAUGUGUUGUUUAGCAAUAUUCAAAAACCAUGGGCCAACGAUGACGGACUGUAGUUAUAAAUUCUGGAUCUUCUUUUUUUGAGGAGUACCGGACAUCUAACCAUGAAUUCAAAUGAGAUUUUUUCCAUUAAAGAGUGACUGUGAAAAAGACUGGAGUGGGGGAAACACUGGGGGUCAGAAGGAUUAGCUAGUGUGCUGCUAACCCAUGGUGGAUCUGCUGUGACCAGGACAAGGGACUCAGCAGUGGAGGAUGUCAGCAGAGGCCGAGCUCCAACCGGGUGUCAAAACCAGCCAGCGAAAGGAGUCCAGGAGGAUCAAAGGUCAGGACCGCAGUGAGGCGGGGCUUAUUAAGCGUUUCCGUGGAGAUGGCGUGCGCUACAAGGCCAAGCUGAUUGGGAUUGAUGAGGUGACAGCAGCGCGGGGGGACAAGCUGUGCCAGGACUCCAUGAUGAAGCUGAAGGGCGUGGCUUCCUCAGCACGUUCCAAAGGGGAGCACAAGCAAAGAGUUUUCUUGACAGUCUCUUUCGGUGGGAUCAAGAUUUACUGUGAAAGAUCAGGGGUGCUCCUGCAUCACCACUCAGUGCACGAGAUAAGCUACAUCGCCAAGGACACCAGAGACCACCGGGCCUUCGGCUACGUUUGCGGGAAGGAAGGCCAUCACAGGUUUGUCGCCAUCAAGACCGCGCAGUCGGCGGAGCCUCUCAUCAUUGACCUACGUGACCUCUUCACACUCAUCUUUGACAUUAAACAGCGGGAGGAGCUGGAGAAGAAGGCUCAGAAGGACAAACAGUGUGAGCAGGCGGUCUACCAGACCAUCCUGGAGGACGAAGUGGACGAUCCAGUUUACCAGUACAUAGUCUUUGAGGCUGGACACGAACCCCUCCGUGGCCCCCAGUCAGAGGAGAGCGUUUAUCAGGUCCCAACCAGUCAGCAGAAGGAAGGGAUCUAUGAUGUCCCAAAACGCCAUUUCAUGACUAAUAUCAACCACUUUGAUCUUUUUGGUGACAUGUCCACUCCUCCCUCGAUGCCCCCAUCACCUGCCAACACACUGGACCCUAGCAGAAGCAGCCGCCAGCAGCAGCAGCACACUUCUGCUGAGAUGUACGCCCCCUUCAGCCCGACCUCUGUGCCCUCAGGUUAUAUGACCAUGGGCCCAGUGCAGGCGGCUCAGUGGGCACAGCAGCCAUUUUCUGCCCAGGCUCAGACUCUGGCCUUCCCUGUGCAGGGGUCCCUCCAGGUGGCUCAGGUGCUCCCCGGUGGUCAGCCAGUCAUCUGGAGCCAGGCCAACAUUUUCCCUGCCACUCAGCAGCAGUGGGCAGCCAUGGCAGCCUACAUGCCUGCCCAGACCGUAGGUGUGGGGGGGCAUGCAAUCCCAGCUGCCAUGCUUCAAGGCCUGGUACCCAUUACCACCAUGUGCCCCCAAGCCUGCGACGUGUCAGCCCCAUCUUCGGCCAUCACCAGCCCCCAGCAUGUGGCCGACCUCACCCUACUCCAGAGUCAGCUGAGCCAGGUGAAGGAGGGCCUCAGUGUUGACUCAGAUACAGGAGAGGGCCCAUCAACGUCAGGAGCCGGAGCAACAGGUGUAGGACCUGGCAUUGUGUCAGCAGCCUUGAGCACGUGUGAAACGCCAGGCCUCAUGGGUGUACCAGACACACUCGCCUGCAGUCAACUCCUGCCACCUUCAGGUGCUGUGAAUCAGGAAGAGGAAGGGAGUUGUAGUGACCUUGAUCUCUCUAGGAUGACCCUGAGCCCAGGUACAUCAACAUCACCAUCAACUGAGUCUCCAUCCACUCCAGCCCCUCACCAGAGUUCCUCCUCAGACUGUCUGCCUUCCCAGGCCAGUGACACCCCCACAGAUCCCUCCCCUGUUGACCCAGAGGGCAGCUCCAGCAACACUAGGGAGGAACAGUCGGGCUUUGUUGCUCCAAGGUCGCUCUCUCCUAUUAUAGUUCCUGAUCCUCCACAGGAUCAAACCUGUCCACAGGAAGAGAGCUAGAGAACUACAGACACUGAGUGGGGAAUGGAAGCUCUCAAAGCCACAACAGAAGCUCAUGAGAAAGAGAAGAGAGAGGUGAGCAUCUCUUACAGCUGGAAUACACAAACCUGUGCUGUUUUUCAACCUUUAAAGGAUAUUUUGGCAGUGCUAUAUUAAGCCGGCUAGCCUAGGAUCUGCUUUUCUCCAGAGGCCACAUUCUGUACUGUACUCCUCAGCAUGACAACCAGACUUUAUCAAAUAACCUUUCAACCAGGAAGUGACCUUUGACCGAAAACCUACAGCAGGAGGCAAUCGCAGCCUGUAAUGUACGUAUAUCUGUGAGGAUACAUUAAAAGGCCAUGGUGACACUGAUGAUGCAAAUUAUUUUUGGACACUUUCAAGGGCAGCAGCAUUGUACUGUAUGUGGUUGACUUUCAGUUUGUCAACUGCCACCAGCAAAUACUGUGCACAACAGAUGGAUUUGCCAAACGUUCUAAUAGUGUUGCUCCACCGACUCUAUUUGCAUGAACAGACUUACUGUGGAUUCAGCGUCCUCGGCUAGGAGCAAAACCGCUCUCUGCAACUUCCCUCUACUGUAGGUCUGAACCAACUGACAAAAUAUGAUUUUUCUUUGUCUUCUUUUCUAAACUCUUAGUUGAUGUUGAGUUGUUGGAGAUAUCAAAAUGACUCUGAGGCAUCAGUGUUGAAAUCAAAAUUUGCCAAACAUCUAUUUUGUAAAUAAGAAUAUUCCCGGCCCCCGAUACCUGAGCCUCUGUGCCAUCAGAUAUUGCUCUGCCUCUUGAAUGCCACCUACCUGUGUCUCUCUUAAGCAGUUCCCUACCAGCACCUCCAUUCUUGAUGUCUGGAUGUUUGUUUUACUUUUGCAGGCAUUUAUUUUAUUUUAUUUUUUUUUUUCUGAAAAUUCAU